UCGCCAAGAGAGUCAGCAAUACACUCAGCCAAACACCCAAACGGGCUAUGCUAAUAGAGGAAGACUUAAUACACCAAGUGGUAAGUCCUUCCUCGGGGGCCGGUCCGUGAGUGAAGAGCAAAUCUAGUUUUUUGCUUAUCCUUUAACGUCUCUAUCAACCUGACUGCCCCCCAUCCCCCCAAGAUAUUUGGCAAGAGCUAACAUCGUAUCUUAGUUUUCGACCUCCCGCCUACUGAUCCUGCUGAAGUCGAAGCUAUGCUCCUGAAGGCUUACCCUCCGAUUGUAACGCUUCUUAAGCACUGUUCUAAGGAGAAGCGUAUGCUUAUCAUGCAUUGCACACUCUUGAUCCUUCUUGGACUGGACCAAUAUGCUUUGUACUCCAGGAUCCUGCUCGUGCGAAUAGCUGCUUCAUUGGAUAUCCCGCUGCAUAUUGUCCUGGACGACGAAAAAAGAGUCGCUUGUGCUCUUUCGAGAAUCAUAAUGGGUAUCCCUGUCGACGAAAUUGUGGCCAGACGAGCCGAGGAGGCCAAAACUUCCCGGCGCUGGAAGCCUGGUAUGGCUAUGUCAGCUCUGGGCGGAGAGCCCGGAACACUUUCAGCCCCUUUGAGCGCCGCCGGAAUCGGUAGUGUGUUUAACAAGCGCGUAAUUAGCCAUUCCGCUACAGCAGGACUCCUAGGACCCAUGAAUGACAGCACGGUCGCGGUUGGAACCUUGUUCGGUCUGUAUGGAGCCCGGCAAGGCAGCAAGUCGAUCGAAGCCCAUAGGAAGGACGUACUGGAUUUCGGUAUGGUGUCCAUACAUGGAAAAAAUACGCCAGAACUUAUCGAUCCCAAAGACGUGCCCACCGGGGAUCGUAGAAUGCGAGUUACAAUCGGAAUUGGUGGCAUGUUAACUGGCGACGACGGUUUCCUUGACCCCUGGAAAGUUCUGGGUAACAAGAACGAGGCAUACGUUAUGAGGUAUGAACUGGAGGUAAUGAGGAAGAUAGGCGGUUCCUAUAUGGCUGCCCUGCGGACUUUGCCCGGUUAUGAAUCCAGACAGGAGAUGGCUUCAAUGAAUGUCUUCGAUAGGCUGCGCAAGUCCACGUGGCCGGUUGGCAUCGUGAAGGUUAGCAAGGUCAUCGACAAUAUUUGGUGCAUCGGAAUGGUUCGAGCAGAGAAGGCAGGGUACGUGCUCGCCGACAUUCUGAUGAAUCGACUUUAUGGAGAGAGACCUGUUUCCCUCGUGGGAUACAGCCAAGGUGCUCGCGCCGUUUAUGCUUGUCUAAUGACCCUAGCCGAGAAGCGAGCGUUCGGUUUGAUAGAGAACGUGAUUAUGAUGGGCGCACCAUGCCCAACUGAAGUUCGGGCUGUUUCGGCCAUGAAGAGCGUCGUAGCCGGACGCUUCAUCAACGUCUAUUCCAAGCAAGACCAUAUGCUUGGUUUCCUCUAUCGCUCUUGUCAUUGGCCAAUGGGUGUUGCAGGCUUGCAGCCUCUCCAAGGUGUGCCGAACAUUCAGAAUUUCGACAUGAGUGAGAUAGUCACUAGCCACUUUCAAUGGGCCUACCUCGUUGGCUAUAUCCUUUCUCGAGUUGGUUGGGAGGACGUUGACACCUCUCUUAUCCCCCAGCGACAGGGCAAGUUGCUUGCCUUGAUUGAGUCCUUGAAGAAACUGGACGAAGAACGUGAGCUACAAUGGAAGGGCAAGAACGGCGUAAGUGCCAAUCGUCAACAGGAAGCCAUCGAGGUGGGACACAUCCGAGUGGUUGCGGACGUUCCCGCAGGCAAUUCCGCAAGCAAUUCUGCUGGCGCUUCUGCUGGCAAUCAUGCUGACAAGCGAGGAGGUGGCAAGAAGGGCAAAAAGUAAUGUGGACGUCUGGCGGCGAGGCGGUAAUCUCUCUUCUAGGAUUCACCAAGGCGGAUACGAUACCCGGUAUUUCUUGUUUUAGGCGGCGGUUAUGGGGAGUUGGUUCUAUAUCAUAGGCUUUUCCCCCCAAUGGUUUAGGAAGGAAGAGAUUGCAGGCUAUGGAAUUCUCUUCUGCAAAAUA